UUAGGCCCGGUUAGUUUUAGCUUUAUUUUGUAUUGAAUUUUUUUUGGGAUUUAAUGUUCGCUUGUCAGUUAUGGCGAUUAAACUGCCCCUCCCGUUCCCAAUCUUUGCUCCUCCUCCUCCAAGCCCGAACCCGAACUCUAACCCGUCAAAUCAACGCCCGCCCACAGAGGUCCGAUUUUCGCGGUGGUACAACGCUAACGCAGAGAAAUUUGAACGACGCCGACGCUCUCAAAAAGAAAUAGAAGACGAUAUCCGGCGCCACCGCCGCUUUGAAUCCGCUACGAAAAUUGCCCAAAUUAACGACAAUGACUCUAACGCUAUAAACGACAUUGUGUACAAGUCCAAAGGCACGCCCUCGUCUCCUUCACGACCCUCAAUUCCUGGUAAAAAGUCUAAGUAUUCCAAGCCCGCCAAGUCCAAACCGCCCAAAAUCACCGACUUUUCCCGAGAGAAAGCAGCCAAUCAAAAAGCCAACGUAACCGUGGGCGAAGACGGCAUCUCUUACGUAAUCGAUGGAUGGCCAUUCGAGUUCAAAUACAGUUACACGGAGACACCAAAAGUGAAGCCACUAGGGUUGCGCGAACCGUACGCGCCGUUUGUUCCCACCACGAUGUCACGGCCGUGGACCGGGCAGACACCAUUGCCCAAGAGUAUAAAGAAGUUGAAGGAGUUCGACACGUUUGAAUUGCCGCCACCUUCCAUGUUCGUGUCAUCGAGGGAGGAAAUACUGGGGGAGCUCUUAACCAAGGAGGAAGUUGAGGAGCUAGUUCAAUCGUGCAAAAAGUCAAAGCGGCAGUUGAAUAUGGGUAGAGAUGGUUUGACACAUAACAUGUUGAAUAAUAUUCAUUCUCAUUGGAUACGAAGUAGAGUAUGCAAGAUCAAAUGCAGAGGAGUGUGUACAGUCGACAUGGAUAAUGUGUGCCAGCAAUUAGAGGAAAGAACAGGAGGGAAGAUAAUUUAUAGAGGUGGAGGGAUGUUGUACCUUUUUAGAGGCAGAAACUAUGAUUACAGAACUCGUCCGCGUUUUCCUCUUAUGCUGUGGAAGCCUGCUAGUCCUGUGUAUCCGAGGUUGGUUGAGAGGACUCCAGAGGGUCUAACACUGGAAGAAGCAUCUGAAAUGCGCAAAAAGGGGAGGAUUCUAAUUCCAAUAUGCAAGCUAGGGAAGAAUGGUAUCUACUGUGACCUAGUGAAAAAUGUUAAAGAGGCAUUUGAAGAGUGUGAAUUGGUCCGUAUUGAUUGCCAAGGAAUGAAGGGGAGUGACUACCACAAAAUCGGUGCCAAACUUAGGGAUCUUGUCCCAUGUGUUCUAAUCUCAUUUGAACAUGAGCACAUACUCAUGUGGAGAGGAAGGGACUGGAAGUCCUCUCUCACAAAACCAGAAACUAAUUCUGAAGAAAAUAAGACAUUUGAAGUUGUUGAUGCAAUUUCCGUUGCAUCGACUUUAGAAGGCAAUGAAUUAGCAGCAUCAGAUACUCAUUUGAUCUCAGUCAAGGAUGUCAUUCCUGUAACAUCUGAUACAGUAUUGUCUUUUGUGGGUUCCAAAGAUGUGGAUGCUGAGCCACAUGAGGAUGUGACCAUGGUAGAUGAUGGCAAAUUAAGCGCAGCUACUCUCUCAAUUUCAACUGUGAUGGUGACUAAUGAAAAUACACCAGAUAAUGCUAACACAGGCUUUCCUGAUUUGAUCAAUGCCACAAAGAAUGUUUACAGUAAUGUGACCAAAUUGGAUAUUUCUGGUUUUGAUGAUGAUAAGUCAGAACCUCUGAGCAACACAUAUAGAUGUGAGGUAAUAUUGAAUGAUAAAAGCUUUGUUGAUGAAGAGCCAGCAACUAUAUCACUGAGAUCAGAAACCGUGCUAGGAGGUGUUGACAGCGCUAGGCGUCAGUCUAAGUCUUUCUUUGUUGACCCUUUAAGUCAUAACAAAUUACAGAAUCUUUCAGAAGUCUCUGAAGAUGACAAUGCGCCACCAGCAUUCCAAAGCCCUCAUAUGGAGAGCAUUUUACUUCUAAUGGAGCAAGCUGUUGAAAGUGGAAGUGCUAUAGUUUUAGAUGAUGCAACGUUGGACGCGGACAAUGUAUAUGAAAAGUCAGUUGCCCUUGCCAAUUCAGCUCCACCUGGGCCUGUUUUUAUGCAUAGGCCAAGGAAGAGAGCAGCUCAAAAGAAUGAGAGGAAUGAGAAUAUAGAAGUUGGGAAUUUUGAAGUGAAAAGAGAAGUAGCUACUGUUGCUGAGAACUGAGGAAAAUGCGUGGCAGACUCGCCAUAGACUGGAAAAUGUAGAUGAACAUUGUCCUGUAGCACCAUAGGGAAGCUAGAUGACCUUGCUAAACUAUUAGCAUAAUAAGCACCAAUACUAUACUGAGAUGUAUUGCACUGAGAUGAAAAUUUUUGUUUAUUUAAUCUGAUUCUGAUUUUUAUCCUCAGAAUCACCUUUUUAUA